AUGCGGCAACAAUCCGCUGCCUUUAUAGAUGUCGGAGAGACUUCAUACUUGAUGUUUGCAGACGACAUAGUCUUGAUUGGAAGCGAACCGAGUGCACUCGAAAGCUCCCUGAAUAUUUUGAGCGAAGCCUCCCAAUCCAUUGGACUUGUAAUACAUCCAGGAAAAACCAAAUGGAUGAAAAACAACUAUACAAAUGACUAUCGUUUAUGCAUGAAAGCGAUCAGUCAUUGA